AUGGCGGCCGGGCUCCCUGCGAGGCUGGGCACGGGCUCUGCUGCCCGCGGGCUGCGGGGACGGCGCCUGGCUCACAGCGGGGCCGCAGCGCGGCUGCAGCAGGAGUACGAUGCGGUGGUGAUCGGGGCAGGGCACAACGGGCUGGUGGCAGCUGCCUACCUGCAGCGGGCAGGGCUGCGCACGGCCGUGCUGGAGAAGCGCCACGUGCUGGGUGGCGCGGCCGUCACCGAGGAGAUCGUACCAGGCUUUAAGUUCUCCCGGGCAUCCUACCUGCUCAGCCUUCUGCGGCCGCAGAUCUACACCGAGCUGGAGCUGCAGCGGCAUGGCCUCAGGGUGCUCCCGCGGGACCCCUACUCCUUCACCCCGCUGCUGGAGGACGGGAGCCCACCCCGCGCCCUCCUGCUGGGGCACGACAUGGCCCAGACCCAGCGGCAGAUCGCCCAGUUCUCCCAGAAGGAUGCUCAGGCUUACCCUGCAUAUGAGGCGUUCAUGGGGCGCUUAGUGUCUGCCAUUGACCCGCUGCUGGAUGCCCCCCCUGUGGAUACAGCUGCCCUGGGGCAGGGCUCCCUGCUCCAGCGGCUCAGAGCCCUGCGAGCCCUGCAGCCCCUGCUGCGGGCAGGGCUGGCGCUGGGACGGCAGCUGCCCCGCUAUUACGAGGUGCUGACAGCCCCCAUCUCCAAGAUCCUGGAUCACUGGUUUGAGUCGGAGCCCCUGAAGGCAACCCUGGCUACCGACGCGGUGAUUGGAGCCAUGAGCAGCCCCCACAGCCCUGGCAGCGGGUACGUGCUGCUGCACCAUGUCAUGGGCGAGCUGGAGGGGCGGCGCGGUGCCUGGGGCUACGUGGCUGGUGGCAUGGGGGCCCUGUCCCAAGCCAUCGCCCGUGCAGCGACCAGCCGGGGCGCCCACAUCUUUACCGAGAAGGCCGUGUGCCGUGUGCUGCUGGGCAGGGACGGGCAGGCGCAGGGCGUCGUGCUGCGGGACGGGACGGAGGUGAGGAGCAAAGUGGUGCUGUCCAACGCCUCCCCCCAGAUCACCUUCCUGGAGCUCACCCCUCAGGAGCAGCUGCCGGAGGACUUUGCCCGGCGUAUCCGGCGUGUCGACACGCGCUCCCCUGUCACCAAAAUCAACGUGGCAGUGGGUCGCCUGCCCAGCUUCCUGGCUGCCCCCAACGCCCGUGACGGCCAGCCCCUGCCCCACCACCAGUGCUCCAUCCACCUCAACUGCGAGGGCACCCACCUCCUGCACCAGGCUUACACCGAGGCCGCUGGCGGGCACCCCUCCAGCAGGCCCAUGAUCGAGCUGUGCAUCCCCUCGGCGCUGGACCCGGGGCUGGCCCCGCGGGGCUGCCAUGUUGUGUCCCUCUUCACCCAGUACACCCCGUACGAGCUGGCGGGCGGGCAGCCCUGGGACGAGCAGGCUAGAAAUGCAUAUGCGGACACGGUGUUCGACUGCAUCGAAGCCUAUGCCCCAGGCUUCAAGGCGUCCGUCAUCGGCAGGGACAUCCUGACACCCCCGGACUUAGAGAGGGUCUUCGGGCUGCCCGGCGGGAACAUCUUCCAUGGAGGGAUGUCCCUGGACCAGCUGUACUUUGCCCGGCCAGCACCAUCCUACUCGGGCUACCGGUCCCCAGUUCCAGGCUUGUACCUGUGUGGGAGCGGAGCACACCCUGGAGGCGGCGUGAUGGGAGCAGCAGGACGCAAUGCAGCCCGGGUGGCUCUCGGGGACUUCAAGCGCCUGUGACGGCAGCGGGGACACCGACGUGGGGAUGCGGCUGCAGUGAGCCCUGUUGUCCC